CGCCGCGCGUUAUCACCGCGAGUUGCGGGCCGCGGCAGUCGCGUGCGCGCAACAGGUCGUGUCCUGCGCGCUCUUCCAAUUCGCCACCAUGGCCACCAUGUUGGCCCUUUUCAACUCGGUCACCACCCAGUUCAACUUCGGCAAGUACAGGGACAAAUUGAACGUGGACAACGGGGCGCUCAAGCUGCACUACCGCGUCACGGCGCCGCUGCUGUUCGCCUCCAGCAUCGUGGUCACCGCGCAACAGUUCAUCGGCGACCGCAUCGCCUGCAUCCAGAGCGCGGGUGCCAUCCCUGACAACGUGCUCAACACCUACUGCUAUUUCGUUGGGACAACAACAUGGAACAACAACACGUCAGACUUUCCGCACAGGGGCAUUGGUCCCGAGAGGGACGACGUGAUGUCAAUACGGCAUCUUUACUACCAAUGGGUGUCCUAUUACCUGUUCUUCCUGUCGUUGCUCUUCUUCUCGGCUCACUUCCUGUGGAAAUCGUUCGAGAAGCACCGCCUGGCCCAAAUCACGGCUGGAUUCGAGUGCGUCAAGUUUGCUGUUCUGAAGGAAAAGCAGGUCGGCAACAUCCCCAGCAUCGUCCAGCGCGAAGAAAAGAUCGACAAGCUGACCCAGAUCUUGUGGUCGCGAAUCAGGAAUGACAUGAACAACGACUGGACUUUGAAACUCAUCGCCGUUGAGAUGUACGCCUUCGUCGUGGUGUUGUUCGUCUUCUGGUUGACGGACGUCUUCCUAGGUGGAGGCGGCAACUUUGUCUCCAUGACCGUCGACUCGGCAUUCCGCACCUUCCCCACUGAAACCAGCUGCAUCUUCUACAAAUACGGUCCUUCAGGCAGCAUCCAGAAGCACGACGCCCUCUGCAUCCUGGCCACCAACAUCGUCAACGUCUACAUCUUCCUCUUCUUCUACCCCUGGAUGUUGAUUUUGAUCAUCAUCGGUGCUUUGGCACUCUUGUGGCGUCUGGUGGGAGUUUUCGCCUACCGCAGCGAUUGGUUCAACAGGAUCACCCCUUUCAACCACAUAAACAGCCUGGUUGAUGAAGAUGCCAGGCGCACCGUCUUCAAGACGCUCAACUACUUUGACUGGGUUUUCCUCAACUACGUGGCUGAGAACGUUGACGGCUCGACUUACCGCGACGUCUUCCUCAACCUGGCCACCACGAUCAAGGAAGAUCGCAGGGACGAGCUCAACGACGAGGAGAAACCUUUCGCCUCAGAUCACGACUGAACAUCAUCAAUUUCACACGACAGUAUUCAAAGGAAUUGCAAACAGCCAUAUUUUUUUCCAUUAUUUUUAGUUUGAUUUAAGAUAGUAUAUUUGUAAGAUUUAUUGUUAUUAAACAGACAAAUGAAAACAGUUUAAAUACCAGAAAAUUGAGAAAUAUCACGGGUAAUUUUUUACUUUCUAAAUUUAAAAUGUGCCGUUUGAAAAUUUUUAUCCCAAAAUCAAUUUGUUUAUUACUGCCAACUAAAAUCAUUUUUUUCGAAGAAGGUUUAAUAAUUUUUUGAUAGAUUAAUUUAAUUUAACUUUUAGUCAAGUCAGUGUUUGCUUGCAGGUCUCAAGUGAGAAUGAUUUUUGUGAUUUGCACUGUUUUGCUUGUCAAGAACGUUCAAAUUCAUCAGACUAAUUUAUUUCGACCAAAAAUCGAUCGACUGAUUAAGUGUUUUUUCCCUCCAAUUGCGGGAAAAUGAGUCGUAAGCGUGUGACUGCUGUAGAUUUUAGAGUCGGUACAAAAUCAAAGAUAGUAUUUAGAGCUGUACUUAAAAUUAAUUUACUGAUUGUGAGAUCAAAUAUAUUGCCUUUUUACGUUGAUGAAGAGGCACGCUCGGUUAAUGCCAAAAUUCGCCGGCCAGUUAAUUGAAUUGUAAUAUAAAUAAUACAAAAAA